AGCGACAUCUAGCCAAAACCAAAUAGAAAAAAUGUCGGACCUGGCUGAAAAGGUUGCUGAGAAGCUUCAACUGGAGGAAUCCUCUGUCACUUACUACGUUGACGAGGUUGCAGGCAACAAUGAGACCGGAAACGGCUCUGAAAGUGCUCCUUUCAAGACCGCUUUGAAGGCUGUUGAGACGAACAAGGAAUGCAAAAUUUUGAUCAGAAAAGAAGCCGGCAAGCCCUUUGAACCCAUUGGUACGAAUGCUUUGAAGAAGGCUCGUAAGGGUGCUGAACAAGCCGCUAGAAAGAAGGCUAAGGCUGAUGAAUUAAAGGCCGCUGCUGCUGCUAAGGCUGCUUCUUCUAAGGCUGCCGACGCUGCUCGCUUGGAAGCUGCCAAGAAUUUGGUUUUGAAGGAGCCCGCUGAUGCUCCUGCUGCCGUCGAGUCGAAAAUUUGCGCCUUGGAGCCUCUUCGUGAAAAGCGCGUUAAAGUUUACGGUUGGGUCCACCGUCUUCGUAACCAGAAGGGCAUUAUUUUCAUUGUUUUGCGUGACGGUACCGGCUAUCUUCAAGCUGUUUUGACCGGCGAUGUGUACGAAAAGGCCAACUACGAAUUUCUUACUGCUGGUCCCGAAAGUGCCAUUGAACUUCGUGGUACUUUGAAGCCUGUUCCUGAGGGCAAGUCAGCUCCCGGAGGUCAUGAGUUGGUCGUCGACUAUUAUACCAUUGUUCACGCUGCUCCUAUUGGUGAGGAGGCUUUCACUAACCAGCUCAACGCUGAGGCCGAUCCUAGUGUUUUGCUUGACCAACGUCACUUGGUCAUUCGUGGUGAAACUGCCUCUGCUGUGCUGAAGGUUCGUGCUCGUGCUCUUCGUGCCGUUCGCGACACUUACGAGGCCCUCCAUCUUACCGAAGUUACUCCUCCUUGUAUGGUCCAAACGCAAGUUGAGGGUGGCUCAACGUUGUUCAAGCUUGACUACUACGGUCAACCCGCUUAUCUUACUCAGUCUAGUCAACUCUAUCUGGAGGCUUCUCUCCCUGCCUUGGGUGAUGUUUUCUGUAUCCAAGAGAGUUUCCGUGCCGAGAAGUCACUUACUCGUAGACAUUUGUCCGAGUACACUCAUGUUGAGGCCGAGUUGGUUUUCCUUGAUUUUGAGACGUACCUUCAACACUUGGAAGAGUUCAUCUGUCAAACUGUUGAACGUCUCUUGGCUGACCCUGUCGCUGCUCCUUUGAUCAAGCAAUUGAACCCUGGCUUCAAGAUGCCUGAGCGUCCCUUCAUGCGUCUCAAGUAUGCCGAUGCCAUCAAGUACUUGAAUGAGCACAACAUCCUUGAUGGUGAGGGCAAGCAACACAAGUUCGGUGAUGAUAUUGCCGAAGCUGCUGAGCGUAAGAUGACUGACCAAAUCAACCGCCCCAUUUUCCUUACCUACUUCCCCACCGAGCUCAAGGCCUUCUACAUGAAGCGUGUUCCCGGUCACCCUGAAAUUACCGAGAGUGUUGACGUUCUGAUGCCUAACGUUGGUGAAAUCGUUGGUGGCAGUAUGAGAAUUGAUGAUAUGGAUGAGCUUCUUGCAGGCUACAAGCGCGAGGGUAUUGACCCUAGUCCUUACUACUGGUUUACCGACCAACGUAAGUAUGGUUCGGCUCCUCACGGUGGUUACGGUCUCGGUCUUGAGCGUUUCUUGGCCUGGCUUCUUAACCGUUAUACCGUUCGUGAGUGCUGUCUGUUCCCUCGUUUCACUGAGAGAUGCAAGCCUUAAGCUGUGUUCAAAAGCACCCAACUUUUUUUUUUGCGAAUUGAAGAUAUUGUAACAGCUACUCAUGCGUCUAUACAUAUGUUUCUAGUAGAAAAAUAGGGAAAUUGUAUAAACACCUUAGACCACUUAUGUGCGGUUUUUAUACGGAAUUGUUCGCAUAACUGAUACUGGUACUUUUAGUUUAUAGAGAAGAAAUAUGAACAAACAUAUUCUACCAAA